AUGGAUAAUGAAAUGAGUUUAGACGUUAAGAAUGGCGGUAAUGAUUUGAAAAUUAAUUUAAAUUAUUACAGAGGACUUAUUAAAAAAUACAUUGAACUGCAUAGGUAUAAUACAGCAUUAUUUUGGGCUGAUAAAGUUCAAAAUUUAUCAAAAGGGCAACAAAAUGAUGUAUUUUGGCUAGCUCAAGCUUUAUAUUUGUCUAAACAAUAUCACAGAGCUGCUCACUUAAUUAAAAGUAAAAAUUUGCACUUGACAAAUGUGCAAUGUUGUUAUUUGGCUGCAUCCAGUCUCAGAGAAGCGAAAGAAUUUACAGAAGCCAUGGAAAUGCUCUGGGAAAUUUGCUCUGAUUCAGUAGAUAAUGUUAAAAGCUUAUUAAAUUCAUUUUCAAAUAAUUCUAAUAUCACAGAAUGGCCCUCGGAUAUAGUAACUAAUGAGACCAAUUAUUUAUAUGGAAACUGUUUAGCUGGUUCUAUGCAUUUUGAGAGGGGAAGAGUAUAUGAAUCAUUAGAUAAUAGAGAUUUAGCAACAGACUGUUAUAAACAAGCAUUAAUGGCUGAUGUUCAUUGUUUUGAAGCUUUUGAUGCUCUUAUACAACACCAAAUGCUGACUGGAAGUGAAGAAUUUGAUCUUAUAAAUUCAUUACCAUUUAGCAAACAUUGUCCUUCUGAAGUAGAUAGCGAAUUUGUUAGGUUAUUGUAUGAAAACAAGCUAAAUAAAUAUAGAUCAAUUAACAAAAUAGAAGAUCUUCACCCUCUUUUACUAAAGUUGGAAGGAAAUUUAGAUCUCAUGGUUUCCGAGGCUGAACAACAUUAUUACAAUUGUAAUUUUACUACAUGCUGGAAAAUCACUCAAGAAGUAAUGGCAAAAGAUCCUUAUCAUAUGACUUGUUUGCCUAUUUACAUUAGCUGCCUUGUAGAAUUAAAAAAUUCAAAUGAUCUAUUUCUUCUAGCACACAAACUUGUCGAUAUAUAUCCAGAAAAUGCAGUGUCAUGGUUUGCAGUGGGAUGUUAUUAUCAUGUUAUCGGAAAUAAAAGUGAUCAUGCUAGAAGGUUUUUAGGAAAAGCUACAUCACUGGAUAAACUAUUUGGUCCUGCUUGGCUUGCAUAUGGACAUUCAUUCGCAGCCGAAAAUGAACAUGAUCAAGCAAUGGCAGCCUAUUUUAAAGCUUCUCAGAUAAUGAAAGGAUGUCAUUUACCACUAUUGUACAUUGGUUUGGAAAACGGAUUGACAAACAAUUCAGUUUUAGCUGAAAAAUUUUUUCUUCAAGCUCAAGCAAUCGCCCCUCAUGAUCCUUUUGUUUCUCACGAAAUGGGUGUAAUUGCAUUUCAAAGUGGGCAUUAUCAAGUUGCAAAAAAACAUUUUGAGAUAACAUACGAAAGAGUAAAACAUAAUGAAAAAACAAUGAUACAAAGUAAAUGGGAACCCUUGUUAAAUAAUCUCGGGCACGUUUAUAGAAAAUUGCAACAAUAUGAAAAAGCUAUCGAGUAUCAUAUGCAGGCUAUGAUAUUAUCACCCAACAAUGCUUCAACAUAUUCAGCUAUUGGUUAUUGCCAAGUUUUAAUGGGGCAGUGUAAAAAAGCAGCAGAACUAUUUCACAAAGCAUUGGCUUUGAAAAGAGAUGACACUUUUAGUAAAGAAAUAUUUUCUAACGAUGUAAAUGGAAAAAAAUUAAAAUCAAAUGCUUUACCUUUAAUGUCCAUGGUUGACGUCACUUGUGAUGAUACAUUUAAAACGCCGAAUGCUAGUGAAGAUCCCAACAGUAGUAGUAAACUCAGUUUUGAAGUAGAAAUGGCGGAUUCUAAUUCUAUUUCACUAGACGGGAUUGGUGAUAUUAGGCGGGAAAGUUAA